AUGGCUCCUCCUGCUCCACAGUCGCAGCCUCAAGCAACAAGGCCAAAACGCCCAAACCUGCUUCGUUUCAUUGCCAUGAUAAUCUUGGCCUUGAUUAUCCUCGUAGGUAUAGCUGUGCUCAUAAUUUGGCUGGUUUUGAGGCCUAAACACUUGGAGUACAGUGUGGAGGAUGCUGCAAUCCACAACUUCAACUUAACGGAUGCAAAUCAUCUCUAUGCAAACUUUGAUUUCACCAUAAGAGCAUACAAUCCGAAUUCUAGAGUCUCUCUGUACUAUGACUCUGUGGAGGUGUCAGUGCGUUAUGAGGAUCAAACGCUUGCCACAAAUGCUGUUCAGCCAUUCUUCCAGUCUCAUAGAAAUGUGACCAGGAUGAAUGUGAGGCUCACUGCUCAAACUGUGGCGUUAUAUGACUCAGUGCCUAAGGACAUUAAGCUUGAGAGAUCCUCAGGGGAUAUUGAGUUAGAUGUGUUGGUCAGGGCAAGGAUAAGGUUUAAGGUAGGGGUGUGGAAGUCAAAGCAUCGCAUUAUGAAGAUUUUUUGUUCUCCUGUGUUGGUCCAUUUUUCUAAAGCCAAGAGUUUCGAAAGGGCCUCCUGUGAUGUAGAACUCUAA